GGGUAACAUGAACAACGCUGAUGGGUUGACUAUCUAUGGCCGGCAGGACAAUGGCGGUAACGCUAAACAAAACUUAACCUAAUAUUUGGUGUAAAUAAUACCCUUUUUUGUUUACAUUAUGUUUUUUAUCACCAAUGUUCAUUAAACUUUUUUAAUUCAUAAUGUUAAAAUUUUUAUCGUCCUUAAUUUGGGGCAAUGUUGAAGAGGAAACUUUGUCUCUCGAAGAGUCCUAUAAAAUAUUACAACUUCCCACAGAAGACAAGAAAGAAAAUAAAGUAAUUGUCGAACCUUUAGAACAAGAAUAUUUAUUUGACGACGAUUUCACUGUUUUGGGUAAAAAAGGAGAAAUUACAAAUGUAGAACAGGAAACAUUCACUAUAGAUAGUUUGUAUACAUUCAAAUCGGAUUCUGUUUAUUUUCGUAAAGGCUCCAAAGUAUCUUUCAAUCUUUUCAUAGAGCCAAAUGGCCAUAAAGUGACCAAUGUACAUUUGAUUGAAAACGAUUGGGCCGAAGAAAAAAACUCGAACUCGAAAUGGUGUUUACGAACUUUAAUUUGUAAAGUGGAAGACAGAUAUAAAAGAAAACUCUUUGUUAAACCUUAUGAUAUAGAAAUUGACUUAAAUGAAGUAGCUUCAGAUUUUGUGCCUAUAAUUGGAGAUUGGUUACAAUUAGAUGCUAAGUGUGAAAUAGACGAAAAUGUGGUUGAUAAAGGGGGUAAAAUUUAUGAAGUCAUCAAAAUAUCUGCUUUACGCCCACAUAUUAAAGAUUGCACAGUAACAUACUGGGAUGUACAAAUUAAUGAAGGUAAACUCGAUAACACAAUUUUCUUCAAUAAAGAAAGUUUAUCUGGGGUGUAUGUUCCAAUAAGAAAUGAUAAAGUUAGAGCAGAAAUAAUUGAAAGUGAGCAUAAACAAAGCUCAUUCCGUGCUCUUAAAGUAAUACCAAACUUCAUCAAAAGCAAAUCUAAUAUAAAAGAUGUUUUAGAUGGAGUAGUGGAAAUUGAAGAUCAAUUAAGAAUUAAAGGAAUUUACUUGAAUAAACUGAAUUGUUUGAAGUUCUCUAGUCUUAAUGAGACACGGACAAAUACAUUCUUCAUUUGUAAUAAGCUGGAGGAAGAAGAGGUAAUAAUCUACAAAGUGACAUUUCCAAGGCCCAAGUCACAAUGUAAAAUCUUGACUCAUAUUGAGAACAUUUCAAUAUCUCCUAAAGAAUCUUUAGAGGUAACUUUUAGAUGUACUAGUGUUCACAUGGGAAAAUCAAAGGAAUAUCUUUUAGUUUCCACAAAUAAAGGGGAAAUAAGCCAUUGGCUAGAUAUUUAUGUACAAGCUUCUUCUUCAACAGCACAUGGCCAAUACCAGAACAGAAGGAACAACUAUAAAAACCGUGAUAAGCAAAAUAUAAUCAGAGGUCAGAAUGUCUUCAGGCCCACAAGGUUUGCUGUUCGACGAAUGCCAGAUUACGCCUUAUCUAAAAGAUACUUAGAUUUGACAAUGCAGUAUGAAAAUAGGAAGAAUUCUCAAGACUUGAAAAAACAGAUAUGUUUGAUGAAACCUUGUCUUUUGAACGAAUUGUCAUUCAACAUUUAUUUGGAUAAGUUUCAUACCCUUUUAUACCUAGAGGAGGUGCAAAAAAUUAUUGAGAUGAGCAAAUAUAAUCAAGAUCUAACAGUUUUCAUUAAAUGUGGAGAAUUUCUUGUAUGGCACAUUGAAAAUUUGUCAGAAAAGCGACCAUCAAUUCUGGUUGGUGAUAAAGUAUAUGUACAUGACCCACACAAUAGUACAGAUGUUACAUGGGAGGGUUACGUGCACAAAAUAGGCGCAAAGCAUGUUUAUCUCAAAUUUUCUCCCGUCUUCCAUCAAACCUAUAACAAUGAAGAUUACAGCACACAAGUUGAAGCCUCAAGAACUUCCAUCAGAAGACUCCACUAUGCUGUAGAUAUGGCAGUAAAAAAUCUGGGUAUAGAUUUGUUGUUUCCUUCCAAGUUGGAGCUGAAGAAGCCUCAGGUGUGCUUUAAAAUUAGAAGUGAAGAUUUAAAGCAUUCAUCUCAUCAAAUUGGAAAGGCGAAUGAUGUGAAUGUUCUCUCCGAACACUCAGAUUUAAAAUCACGUGGAAGUAGGACAAAGCUUGUUGAGAAAAUUAAAGAGUAUAAUUUGAAAACUCCAGAAGAAAAAGAAGAGUAUAAGAACCAGGUAUUGAGUUCAGAUGAUGACUUGAAUUCUAGCAGGACCAUGCUGAAAAAAAAGGAAGUUGUGAGAAAAAUCAUGGAAUACAAUAAAAAAACACCAGAAGAGAAAGAAAAACACAAGAACCAAGUUCUGCUGGGGAAGAGCAGCUCGGGAGAAGAUUCAGACACUAGUUCGCGAUCUUCAACUUCCAGAGACUUACUCCAAUUACAAUGGUACAACGAGAGACUUAACUACUAUCAGAAGGAAGCAGUAAAAAAUAUAUUGUUGGGGGAAGCCAGGCCUCUUCCUUAUGUGAUAUUUGGUCCCCCAGGCACAGGGAAGACUGUUACUUUGGUGGAAUGCAUAUUGCAAAUCCUCCGUUUGAUCCCAUCCUCGAGAAUUUUAGUUACAGCCCCCUCAAAUAGCGCUGCCGACCUGAUAGCAAUACGACUAAUAGAGUCCAAGGUGUUAAAGCCAGGUGAUUUAGUGAGGUAUGUGUCACACAAGUAUGUGCCAAACGUACCCCUUGAGCUGGUUCCUUACUCUACCACCGGAAACAUGUCCAAGGAGGCUAAUAAUGCACAUGCGCCCCAAGUACUGGAAAACGGUAUGGUCCUAGGUGCAACUAGUCAAGUUUUGGGGAGGCACAGAAUCACUGUUUCUACAUGUUCUUCAGCUGGAGCCCUUCUUAUGAUGGACUUUCCAAGAGAUCAUUUCAGUCACAUUUUGGUUGACGAAGCUGGUCAAGCUAUGGAACCAGAGGUCCUGAUACCUAUGUCUUUUUUAAACCCAACUUCCGGUCAGAUAAUCUUAGCAGGGGAUCCCCUACAGCUUGGUCCAGUUAUUCUCUCAUAUUUGGCCAAGGAUUAUGGUCUUGAGUGUUCGUAUUUGGAACGCAUUCUGAAGAGGUUUCCCUACACCAAAGAUAACGUGGGAUUCCCUUCAUCAAACGGCUAUGACCCCAGGCUUAUCACAAAACUGCUAUACAACUACAGGAGCAUGCCAAGUCUAUUACAGCUUACCAGUUCGCUUUUUUAUGAUAGUGAUCUCAUUCCAAUCUUGUCUGAUGAUGAUAAAAAUUGUGAGGAGGUAAUGCUUCUAGAAAAAUUGAGCUCCAUCCUCUAUAGGAAUGAAAAGACUGGAAAACUACCAAACAUAGUCUUCCAUGGGAUAGUCGGAAAAAAUUUGCAGACUCCAGAUUCUCCUUCAUGGUUCAAUCCCAGUGAGGUUGGGCAGGUGCUUUUCUAUGUUAAUUCAUUAUAUAAGGCUGGAUUGAAAUCUGAUGAUAUUGGCAUUAUCUCUCCUUAUUGCAAACAGGUAAAAGAGAUUCGUAAUGUUCUGGAGGAAGCAGAGUUCGAAAUACCCAAAAUAGGAAGUGUAGAAGAAUUUCAAGGACAAGAGUUCAAUGUGGUCAUACUUUCAACAGUGAGAUCAAAUGAAGAGUACAUCUUAUUUGAUGUGAAACACAGUUUAGGUUUUCUUUCUGUUCCAAGGAGAUUAAAUGUAGCUCUGAGUAGAGCAAAGAUUCUUCUUAUCAUAAUAGGAAAUCCAAAUUUGUUGUGUCAUGAUGAUUAUUGGAGAAGAGUCCUCAAUUAUACAGUUGAAAAUGGUUGUUACAUAGGAUGUCCUGUUAGAAUAAAAAAUUGAUCUGUUUAUUUGUUAGGGCAGAAGUGUGCAUGUUGCACUUCUCAAUGAUGUUGAUUCAUGUUAUUUUAAAAUAGGAGUUAAUUGAUAUAAUUAUUUUAUCAAUUGAACCUUGCUAUAACAAGAAUACUUGUAAAUAUUUCCCUAAAAUCAAGAAAGACAAUAUACAAAACAAUUGAUUGUUAUUUUUUUUUGUAUCUUAAAUGUUAUUUGGAAAAAUCACAUUUUUCUUUUUUAAAAUAAAUAUUAUUGCAUAA